CCUGUGCCCUAUCAUUUAGCGUGUGUGCGCGCGGUGUAGCUCGUCAACAUGCCAAUCCGUCGCCAGCUGAAGAACGUCGUGAACAACUACACUGACGCGGAAGUGAAAGUGCGCGAGGCGACGUCGAACGACCCGUGGGGCCCCUCGUCGUCUCUGAUGGCCGAGAUUGCCGACUCGACGUACAACGUGAUGGAAUUCGGGCAGGUGAUGGGCAUGAUAUGGAGACGACUCAACGACCACGGCAAGAAUUGGCGACACGUGUACAAGGCGCUUGUCGUUCUCGACUAUCUGAUCAAAACGGGUAGUGAGAGAGUCUAUCAGCAAUGCCGCGAGCACGUCUUCACCGUUCAGACGCUCAAGGACUUCCAGUUCGUCGACAAGGACGGCAAAGACCAGGGUGUCAACGUGCGUGAGAAGUCCAAGCAGCUUGUCGCCCUACUGAAGGACGACGACCGUCUCAGGCUUGAGCGUGAGAAGGCGAUGAAGGCGAGGGAGCGAUUCGCGCAGGCCAAUCAGGCGGUGAGCAGCCAGACGAUCCACGCGCAGUUCGGACGGGCGAAGAAGAACAGCACGGCGACGACGGGGACGAUGUCGUUGGACGUUCCGCCGUCGCAAAUUUCGCCAGACAUCCAAAUGGCGGAGCCGCAGUUUCCGGCGGCGCCGCCACAAUUGACGGCGCCGCCGGCGGCCGCCGCGUCGUCGUCGGUCAUCGAGCAGGCACGUCCAUCCGACGCCGUCGAGGAGGACAUGCAGUUAAGAUUGGCUCUCGCGUUGAGCAAGCAGCAGGCGGAACAUGACUCGGAGUUACGCAUCAGCGAGGAGCAGCGCAUACAGGCGGCCAUCACGACCAGCCGACAAGAAGCCAACCACGAACAUAAUUCAACGCUGUUGAAGCUUUCAACACAAGGACUACCGCACAAUCCAGGCUUCGAGAAUGAUUUCGUCAGCAACGAUCCGUGGAGUGUCGGUGGCCAACCAAAGCAGCAGAAUCCAUGGGUGACUCAACCGAGUGUCGGAAAUACGAAAAAAUGGGAAUCGAUGGAUACACCGUUUGGUGCGGGACCGAUGAUGUCACCAGAGCAAAUGCCGGCCGAACGAGUUCAGUCGCCCGAUGACUUCGACCUGCUUGCUUCUCUAUCGUCGGCCACAAAUGGCAGCUCUCAGCCUAAGCCGGUGGUCGAUGCAUUCAAUAUGUCACAGAUGCAGCAGACUUUGCCACCGCCGAUGGCCACAAUGAACAACUCGAUGUCUCACCCGCAAGACCAUGACAAGCCGAGCUCGUUUCUUGGCGAUCAUUCCGGUCUCGUUAACGUCGACUCGCUCUUAGGCACCGGCCCGCAGAAAUCGGUCGCGAUGCCCGGAGCGAAUCCAUUCCUCAACGAACCAGUCGGCGCCACGGUCAUUCCACCGUCCGUGUUCGGGACGUCGCUCGCACACCGUCCAUCGUCACAGCCCGCCAACCCCUUCACUCAAGUACAGAAACCGAAAGCGAAGUCGCUCAACGAAUUAAAAGCGACCAACACCGGCUACACGACAGGCGGCGUGAACGCUCCUCUUCUACCCGCCCCUCUUAUUCCCGAUAGCAGCCGACCGGCACUCGCCGCUACGACCCUCCCUCCUCAGCAGCCUCAAUCAUAUAUGGCCGCCCCUAUGGCUCCAAUGCAAGGCAUGGCAAUGGGAUACCCUCAACAACAGCAACAGAACCCGUUCAUGACGUCCGGGUGGUGACACAAUAGCACAUAGAGAGAAACAGAACACGUUUACGCAUGCUCGGCCGUCUUCUAAGAAGGGAUUUACAGAUUUACUAACAUAUCAUUUCAGGGCACCGCUAUGAUCAUGUUGGGUAUUGGGAAACAGCGAUCGUCUUGUGUUAACUAUUCCUCGGGGGGACAUACAUUAAUUUGCUGUGAUUAUAUAUGUGUGCACGUUUUGUUGAAUAAUAAAUAAUAAAUAUUCCAGCAGUCGUCAAC